AUGAAGCCAGAUGAUUUAGCGCUACAUUUUUUUUUUUUUUUGAGACAGAGUCUCACUGUGUUGCCUGGCCUAGAGUGCCGUGGCGUCAUCCUAGCUCACAGCAACCUCAAACUGCUGGGCUCAAGUGAUCCUCCUGCCUCAGCCUCCCGAGUAGCUGGGACUACAGGCAUGCGCCACCAUGCCCGGCUAAUUGGUCUUAAACUCCUCGCCUCAAGCAAUCCUCCAGCCUCAGCCUCCCAAAAUGCUGGGAUUACAGGCAUGGGCCAUCAUCCAUGGCCCAUAGUUAUCUAUUUGUUUCACACAACUUAUCGGAGGUGGGAAGGGAGGGGAGGAGACUUUGCUUGGGGCUCCCUGUACUUGAGGCGACUGUGGAACGAACAGGUGCUGGGGGUGCUGGCGGGGGACCCCGUGACUGCAUGUCAGGGCCUGUAUUCUCCGGCUGCAAGAACAGGCAGGCUAAAGCAGCCAGAGGGCUGGAGAGUUGCUGCUGCCCCAGGAGCAGGCCUCGGCCCACCGGGGACGUGGGUUGGGGAAUGA